GCCAAGAUGCAAAUUAUUAACCGGGAUGGUCAACUAACUUUUUUGAAUGAAGCCUGUUAAUUUUAGGUAUUUUCUUUCCGAUAUGAAGCGAAGAAGAAAGAUAUUAACUGGAAUUAUAUGUUGAACCCGUAUCUUCUUGCUCAUUUAUUGGUUUAUCCCAAAAACUGAGAAAAUCAGACAAUAUUAACCACUUAGUCAGCAUCCGAAUUAAAAAUCUGAUUUAAUCUUGAUUAAACUCUGUUAGGAUCACGUUCCAUAAACGCCAAAAAUGAUAUGCGACGUGAUGCCGACGAUCUCGGAGGAUGGCUCCACAGAUCGCGAGUCGCAGGAGUCUGGGGACGAUGCAAACUACGAGCAGUUGAUGGUCAACAUGCUCGACGAGCGAGACAAGUUGAUGGAGGCACUACGUGAUGGCCAGGAGCAGCAGAUCGUGAUGCAGUCACGGCUCGAGGAGGUUGAGAAGGAGAAAGACAGUCUGCAACGACAGCUGCUCACAACACAACCGCAGGAGCUGGCCUCAUUGACAAAGGAACUUAACUGUGUACGGGAAGCUCUUCACGAGAGAGAGGAGGAGGUGACCGAGCUCAAAGCUGAGAGAAACAACACGCGGCUUUUGCUAGAGCACUUAGAAUGUCUUGUUUCUCGUCACGAGCGGUCGCUUCGUAUGACAGUAGUGAAGCGUCAGGCAUCGUCACCUGCAGGGGUCUCGAGUGAGGUUGAGGUCCUGAAAGCUCUCAAGUCCCUGUUUGAACACCACAAGGCCCUCGAUGAGAAGGUCCGUGAGCGUCUCCGUGUGGCCCUGGAGCGGGUGACAACACUGGAGGAGGAACUGGUCACUGCCAACCAGGAGUUAUUCACACUGCGGGAGCAGCAGACCAAGUCUCGCCACUCAAGUGGAUCAACUGAGGAUGGACGUCAUGCGAACAAGGUGGAUACGACAUCCCCCUCCCCGGGAUCAGACCAUGUUCUGGAAAAAGAUCACCAUCCUAAGAGAUUAUCUAAUGGUUCUAUAGACCCAGACUCAGAUGUGAACAGGGUGAUAGAGCUUCAGGAGACCGUGGAGAAGCAGAACUCCGAGCUGACAAACACCCGCACAAAGAUGCUUGAGAUGAACAACAAGUUGACAGAGCUGGAUGAGAGCUAUACCACUGGGCAGAAGGACUUGAUCAAGGCUCAGGAGCAGGUCGUCAAGCUGCAGAGAGAUCUUAGAGAGUCCAUAGCGCAAAAGGAAGACCAGGAAGAGAGAAUAGCCACUUUGGAGAAGCGUUACUUGAACGCUCAACGGGAAUCCACCUCACUACAUGACUUUAACGAUAAACUUGAGUCAGAACUGGGCGCCAAGGAAGAUGAAGUGAAGGCUCUGGAGGAGAAGAUCCGUGGCCUUCAGGAGCGUAUUGAGGUCCUGGAAAACAAACUAGCAGCCACACAGCAGCAGGCUAAGGCCCUGCCAACAGUGGAGGCCCAGCUGGCGCAGAGGAUGGAGGCCCUGACAGAGGCGGAACAGAGACACGGCUCCAUCGAGGAACGUAUACAGCAGCUUGAGGAUAAGGUUUCCGAAAAGGAGUCAGAAUUACAUAGGGCACGUCAUCGUGACAAGAUGAACGAGGAGCACAACGCGCGUCUGUCUGCGACGGUGGACAAGUUGUUGACAGAGAGUAACGAGCGGCUGCAGCUCCACCUCAAGGAAAAGAUGCAGGCCCUCGAGGAGAAAAACCAGCUCACUCAGGAACUAGAGCGGACCAGGAAGGCACUGGAUGAUGCACAGCAAGAGAAGGAGAGAAUGUUAGAGGACCUUCAACGAGCCAAGAGAGAAGUUGACACGCUGCGGCAGCAAAUUGAGCAUCUUGCCGGAGACUCGAUGUUUUCCAGCCAAGGGGACGGCUACCAGGUGCAGUUUGGAAGUCCGGAUGAGAGCGUGACGCGCAGGUCACAGCGUGGGCGGGAGUCACUUGAUGACCCAGAUAAGGUGAACACACUGAAUGAACAAGAAUGGGAGAAACUGCAGCAGGCUCGGGUGAUUGAGAAUGUCCAGCACGCGUUUGACACGAGUGACGAGGGCUCCGAGGGUAACGAGAGCCUGAUAGGGGCCUUCGACAUGCUUUCCCCGUCCGGACACACGGACGCACAGACACUCGCCCUCAUGCUGCAGGAACAGCUUGAUGCCAUAAAUAAUGAGAUAAGGUUAAUACAGGAGGAGAAGGAGACCACAGAGCAACGCGCAGAGGAGCUGGAGUCACGGCAACCAGCAUCUGCCGUUCCGGCCCACUUGUACACAUACUCAUCGUCGAGUCCGCAGCUCGCAUCAACCGCCACAGACGAGCGGCCACAGCAGCAGUACAGUCGAGACGAUGCGUCAAUCAAGGACGAUAGCUUGCCAAUCCACUGUGAGUCGAGUCCCCCAAACACGCCGCGUUCUCUCCGUCUAGAACGGAUACAGAACGCCCUGUCCCAAAGUACAGACAGCUAUGCGAAUCGUACGGUGAUCAACACGACCUCGAGCACCCUCUCGAGCACGGCAAGCAGUCAGGACUCACUGAACCGCUCCCAGAAGAAGAAAGGCCUCAAGUCCUCCAUACGUACACUCUUCGGCAAGAAGGAGAAGCCAAAACACAAGGGGUCCAUGAGCAGGGACUCUCAGCAAGGCCCAGGUUACAUAGACGCUGGUGGAGAUAACACAGAUACUCUAGGCCGAGGACUUGGGCCCUCAGAGUUUGACAAGCGAAAGAAACGCAAAGAGGAGCUACUAGAGGAAGCCAUGAAGGCGUGUACACCAUUUGCCCUCUGGAAUGGUCCGACUGUUGUAGCAUGGCUAGAGUUGUGGGUUGGCAUGCCGGCAUGGUAUGUGGCUGCAUGUCGCGCAAACGUGAAAUCCGGAGCAAUCAUGUCUGCACUAUCAGACCAGGAAAUUCAGCGGGAAAUUGGAAUCUCGAACCCUCUCCACCGGCUCAAACUGCGACUGGCGAUCCAGGAGAUGGUCUGUCUCACUUCACCGUCCGCACCGAGGACCUCACAAAGUCAAUCUCUAGCGUUUGGGGACAUGAACCAUGAGUGGAUCGGUAACGAGUGGUUGCCGGGCCUGGGACUCCCGCAGUACCGCAGUCACUUCAUGGAGUGCCUCGUGGACGCUCGCAUGCUUGACCACCUCACUAAGAAGGACCUCCGCGGACAGCUCAAGAUGGUCGACAACUUCCAUAGAACAAGUCUACAAUACGGAAUUAAUAGUUUAAAGCGAUUAAAUUACGAUAAAAAGGAAUUGGAAAGUAGAAGAGAAAAAUCAUUAGAAGAAAAUACAGAUGUUUUAGUAUGGACCAAUGAACGCUUAAUCAAAUGGGCACAAGGAAUAGGAUUACGCGAUUUUGCCAACAACCUGCUAGAAUCAGGCCUUCACGGGGCGUUGAUAGCCCUUGACGAGAGUUUUGACCACAACAGCAUCGCCCUGGCCAUGCAGAUACCCACACAGAACACAAAUAUCCGAUCGAUACUAGAGCGUGAGUUUAACAACUUGUUGGCACGUGGCACAGAUCGCCAACUGGAGGAGGGAGAAGGAGGCAGAUUCCGUCGGGCCCCAUCAUGGCGUAAGAAGUUCCGCAACAAAGAUCGCAGCAAGGACGGUGGCGAAGACGGGGAGGGGUCAGAGGCUGGGGCUCAGGGGUCUUCGCCCCAGGUUCAGCGGCGCAUGACCGGCCCUGGGUUAGCCGGCCAGCUCCAGAUGACUGAAACCAUGAGGAACUUCUAGACCUGCAAGCUUCCACCAACGCGGAUCAGGUCCACCAUAUUGAGGACCUUGACCUUGGAUAGGUCGCCAUGGCAGUGACCUUGACUUUUGAUAGGUCGCUUGGAUUAUGACCUUGAUUUAUGAUAUGUUGCUAUGUCAAUGAAAUGGACUUUGAAAAAAGUCGCUAUGGUGAUGACCUUGCCCUUACCGGAGGUCUCACAUGUGUUUGCUAGUCAGGUUUCUCAGCCAUACCCCCCCUACUAUAGAAGAGUGAUUUGGGUGUAUUAAAUUCAACUUGGAAAAUGCAGGGAACAUCUUGAUACGCUACGAAGGCACUACAGCUUUAUGCCCACUAUUAACAAGGUCUUGACUUGAGUAUGAUGUCUUUUCAGUUUUAAGCCUUGUGUGUUCAUUGUAUAUUAUUAGGAUUUGUUUGCAGUUUAACCAUUGCAGUUGUGACCAAUAUCCAAGUGUGGGUUGUUCUCUGAGGACAUUGUUAAGUGGUCGACAUCACUAUACAGAGAACAGUCUAGUCUGCUAUACCUAGAGACUUGUGCCGGCGCUGGACAGUUGCAAUAGAACUUAUAUAGAAGUUCACAUUAACCAUUCAUCCGAUGUUCAUAGCAGGGCUUCCAUUAAGAAUUCGGAACUGGAAGUAUGUCUCAGCUUCCUUUCCAUCAAUUUUGGAAGAUUUUCCUCUCUGAAAUGUGGUUUAAAUCUGGUGAACGCAGCAAUUUUGUUCAGCUAUUGUGUUAAAAUGAAAUAGUUUGCAAAUAAUUUGCCUAGCUUUACUAAUUAAAUUCAAAUAAUUUGAAUUUGCUUCAAGACUGAUUAUAAAUGUGACCAUAAAAGAAACAAUGUCACCAGAUUUGUUAUAUUCAAACUUCACAGCCUUCACAUUUGGAAAAUUCCUCCAAAAUUUUGGAAGAAUUUGAACUUCCAAGGACUCCGAUAUACUGGAAGUUUUACCCCAUUUUAGGGAGUAAUUUACUUCCAAACUUCCUUUAACGGAGGCCCUGCCACAGUUCAUUGCAUUACAGUAUGUAACGUGUUUUCUAUUGCACAUAUUUGAACCUUUAAUACUUGUAUUACACGAGCUGUUGAUUAAAUGUUUGUGUGUUAGUUAUUGUAUAUAAAAGAUAGUGUAUACCUUUAAAUAAAUGUUAGUGAUUCUGCCCGACAUUCUGUUGUUGAGCGUACUAGCUUUAAAAGAUGUUGGUGUAUAAUUGUAUCAACUCCAUACAAGCUGUGUAUAUUAUUAAACAUUUUGCACUAAGUCAUUAAUUAGGGGUGAAAAUCUUCCACUGUUUCGCGGAUUUCUCGGGCUUUUUGGGCUCCAAGGCAAAAACCCCAAAGGAACCCUCAGUUUUAUUGUUAUUAAUAUUUGUUUACUCUUAAAGCUGCAAUCUCACAGAUUGAAUGUUUUGGCAACUUUUUUAAAUUUUUGUCUUGGACGAGCCAAUUUUUACCAAAAUCCAUGGAAACCAGUUAUAUAAGACUGCUGACAAAAAAUUAGAUCCCAGAUUUUAUAUUUCAGUUCAAAAAUUGAUUUUUUGUGCAUUUUUCUUAAACCGUUACUUAAGCCAAAAACCUUUAAUUUUCGAACGGAAAUAUGAAAAUCUACGAUCUGAUUUUUUGUAAGCAAUCCUAUAUCAUUGGUUUGCAGAUAUUUACGCAAAAAUUUGCUCUUUCCAAGACAAAAAAAUAAAAAAAAGUCGUAAAAAUGGUAUAUCUGUGAGAGUGCAGCUUUAACAACUAAUACUGAAAUGUCUGAUUGCAAUCUUAAGGGCUGUUUCAAUGAAGGUCUUAGUGUUGAUUUUAUUUGUAAAUUUAAACGAUCUAAGUAACAGAUUUCAUUAUUUUGCUACCAAUUUGUAUGAAUUGAACUUGACCAGACAUUGAAAGUAAUCACGAAGUUUUUUUUUUUUAUACCAUUUGUGAAGUUUUUAAACUUACAAAAGUAGUUAAAAGUAAUGAAUAAAAUGGUUUAUUGAAAUGACCCCUUAGAUUCUUAAUAUGCUUCAAACCUAGGAGCUUAGUCCCGUCAUCCUCACCAAUGAGGUGCCCUGGGCCCGCCAAGGUGCCAAACUGGGCUCCCUGGAACCGUAGCGUAAAGUUGAGGGCAAUAUACCAUCAGCCAUUCUCACCCCUGAUUAACUGAUUGCCAAUAGUUAAAAAAAUUGGUUAACUUUAGAUUUUUUUAUCUUGAUUAUAUUUAUUUAUAAUUUUCAGCCAAAAUACAUAUGAGCAAAUAAAUGCAGGUCAUUUGAUGUGGUGUACUAUUGUAUGAAUUUGUAAUUAAACAUUCAGGCAUAUAAAAAAAAAAAUGUUUGUUUGUGGUUUCAUAUCCCACAAUUUUGUUUUUACAAGGUAGGUCAGAUUUAAAAAAAAAAAUCUUGAUUUUUAAAAAAUUGUUUCUUGAUUUUUCUAUAACCAAAAACUAAAGCUUAUGAACACCUAUACAUUCAGUAAUAACAUCACUGGUAUUGUUUAAUGCCAAAAACAUUUCAUUUUUAAAUGAAAAAAAAAAAAAAGAUAAAAAAAUCAUUCCCAAGGCAAUAACCUUUCUAGGGUCUAGGCCAAAAAAAGGGUAGCUCGGGAAACCAUAAACAAACAUAUAAUUUUAUUAUGCCUAAGGCAUGAGUUAGAAAUGAUUCCAUAGCUCUAGUAUUAUCAUUAAUCAUUUUAUUUCACAUGGCUAUCUCAUUAGUUUCAUACCCUUAAAAGUUAAAGGCACCUUUUCACGUUUCAUAGGGUCAGACUUUGAUUUUUUUUUUUUGUGUGUGAAUUUGAGCUCUCUUGAAGAUAAUUGAAAUAAAGAAAAAAUGUCUUAUUCAAACGAAGGGAGUGCAAAAUGGAAGCUCUCGGAACAGAAUGGUUACCAUUUCCAAAAUUUCAUUUACUAAAAUUGAUCAUCCUCAGAUACAUAGAAUAUGUGACAGAAUAUGCUCUAAUUUGCCAUAAAGAGUUAAAAAGUUAUAUUUUGAAAAUUGUUUAUUUUAGACUUGGAAUUAUAAACUUCUGUUCAAAUGAAGAUCUGCCUGUUGUCAUUUGGUGUAAGUUCAAGUAAAUAAAAAAACUUUAAAGCCUAUAAACACAUAAUGAUGGAAGUAUGGGCCCUAUAUGCCAAAUAUACGAUAUAUUUGUUUUAUACAAGGCUUGCAUUAUUUCCAUAGGUUAAUUUGUUUGCAGUUUCGGUCACAUUGUUACGAAGGACUUCGUUGAGAUUUACUUUGUUUCCCCGAGAUAUUUCGGAUAACAUUGACUUCAAAAGAUGAUUUUUGCAAGUACAUUGAAGGUUUCAUUAAGCUGUUAAGCUAUUUAAUACUGUAUUAGUCUAUGGAAAUAUCAAAUAAAUGCUAUAGUUCUGACAUACUAAGAACAAGUGUAUUUAGAGUUAGUACUGUCUUGUUUAAGCAUAGGUUAGUGUUUGUUAAUACGCAUGUAUGCAAUUCGGCGUGGUCAGGGCCUGCAUUAACUGGCUUAGUGUUCAAAAUUAUAUUUUGUCUACUGUGACUCUGUCUAUGUUUAAAUCCGCUAAUGUACCUUAUCAAAAUCACUAACAGCUGACUACUGAUUUACCAAAUUAAACUUGCAGCAAAUUUGAAAAAAUACUUACCCCAUAGGACAAAAUAUAAUUUUGAACACUAACCCAUUUUUGGGUUACUAUAUACUAUCAUAAUGCUAUUUAUCACAUGUGUUAUUUGGUUCGCUCAGUGAUUAACAGUUUCAUUGGAGCAAUGAUUACUUGUAUUAGCUUUUGAAAGGUUGUGAUUGCUGUCUUCUUCAGUUGUUUUUGUAAGAAACCUAGCGAUGGCAAUGAUUUUUAUUAGGGCAAAUUUUGAUCGCAUUCUCCUUAUUUUGUAUAUAAUGUUCCUAAGAAAAGUCAGUAUCUUCAGCGUGAAAAAUUUAAAAUUUCACCUCGACCAUAACUUUAAAACUGUGCAAACUAGUUACAAUAGACUUUGUACAAAUUUUGCCAUAGUCUUAAGGCCCAUAAUUCUAGCCUAAGAACUAACUGAGUUUUGCCCUUUUUAUACUGGAAAACAACAGUAUUGGCAUAUAAGAGUGGUGGAGUGGUAUAGGUACCUGCCUUUCUACCAUGAGCAUGUGGGUUUGAUCCCCACUAGGGCCUCUCAAAAAGGACACAGUACUAGUUUCUGCCCAGGAAAUGGAUUCGAGGGUCAUCUUAUAAGCAAUCAGCUUUCGUCACCAUCGAGCUGAAAUAAAUUAGCAUAAACCAACAGAAUUGGCACUUGCUCUGUGGCGCUCUUGUUGUUCAUUUUGUUUUUCAAAGCUGCUUCUUAGUUGUAAACAGGACAAACAUGUAUAGGGUACAAAUAAUAGCAUUCAGUAUUCAAAAAUAACUUUGUGUGUAUUUCUGGAAAUUUGCAAUUGAUUUUUUUCCAAAAGGUUGUAUUAAUUUGUUAAACUAUUGCAAUUCAGUAUUUUUAUUUGUCCCUGUCAACCGUACGAGACAUUAUGUAUUCAAAAGCUAUUAAGGUCUCGGAUGAACAAAGAAGCUAUUGAGGUCGAUGGUGAACAAAGACGUUUUGUCGUUUCAUUUAACCAUAGGUAAUUUUGUAGUUUAUUUUGUAUCAUUUAAAAGGGUAAUUCUUAUCACUAACAUGUUAAAUAAAGGAUGACAAAAAUUUAGAAAAGGUUUAUUGCAGUUUGUAAUUUUGUUCUUUAUUUGAAUUGAAAUCAUAUGUGAAUCGACCUAUUUGUAAUCUUUUAAGGCCAAAAAAAUAUUGUUUUCAUACAAUGUCGGAUACCUCCGAUACACACUUGGCUAUGCUUCAUUGUGUAUCGUGGCUAGGAAAAUCUCGUAAUCAUGAAUAAAAAAUGAGGCAGUUUCAUUUGGUCAGCAAGGAACCAGUGUGGAAACAUGCACAGAUAGUGUUGUUCUUAUGUUUUCCCGUAGAAAAAGUAUUCUGCCGAAAUCUUGAAUUGUACUAGAUUCACAAGAUUACAGAUUUAAAACACCCACCUAGACCACUCCCCUGUGGAGACAACUGACAAUAACGGAUUAUUGAAGAGUACUAACUUGUAACAUAAGAUUUCAUUGGAAGAAAAGUUUUCUCCCCUGCCUCAUAGAUAUAUAAUGAGAUUUUGUCAGGUAAAUUUUACAAAAGGUGUAUGAAGUGUAACAGAAGUGGUACCAUGGUUGGUGAUGGUGGGUCUUAAUAUGGCUAAACAAACAACAUUCUUUCUAAACAUAAGAAUUAUGCUGAAUGGUAUCUUUGAAGUUAGGUUACAUAUCACAUUAUUGCUAUAGUUAAAUUAUUUUAUUUUAUUUCUCAACAUAUGCCAGAUGAUAUCAGAGAACUAUAACACUCUUAUAUAUUUGUUCUAUACAAUUAUACGAAAUUAAAUGAGUUUAUAUGAAGGAUCUAUUUAAUUGAAUUUUUUUAAAUUGAUUAUUUCAAUUCUUAUUAAAUGACCAUAAUUAUGAUAUGUUAUUUAUAUGAUAAAUACUAAUUUUAUGAUUUACAUCACUAAAUACAUAAUAAGUCGCUAUAUAGCAUGCAUAUUUUAGCACUAUCUAUUUAUGAUGACAUGUCAAAAGUUUUUACACUAGUUGCUUAUAUAUAAAGUAUAUAUAAAGACGUUAUUUCUUGUGAUGUCAUUAAUGAUAUAAAUCAACUUCUUUGUUCAAUUUUUGGAAUCCCAAGUUUUGAAAUCCAUUUCAUGCCGCUCUUGGUUGGGUUAUUACAUUAGUGCUGACAAAAAGUGUUACCUUUUUUUUUAAAGCAAUAAAUAAAUUGAUACUUGUAUUAUAUUAAAUUUUCAAUUGCAUUUGUGUGAUAAUAUAAUCUGUCUGAUCUUUAAUUUGUUCAUACAUUAGUGGAGAUUUUCAGUAACUUCUGCUGUUCCCUGAGCUGAUGCCCAUUUACAGUUUUAGGAAAGCAAAAACAAACAAUAGCCAUCGCUUACUUAGCAAGUGGUUUCGGCAGUUUAGAAUUUUGCGACUUAAAGCUUACAGUCGGGGUUUUACAAAUCACUGGAUUGUUUUUUUGCAGUUACUAAAAUAUUAGGAAUAUAUACAUCAACUUUUAGAUGUAUGAUGCUUGGAUUUAUCAGUACAGAAAACCACUGUUUCCUUAAGCAAAUUCUACCAUUCUCCAGGCUUAAAGCUGCUCUCUCACAGGUUGAACGUUUUGACAACUUUUUUUUAUUUUUUGUCUUGGAACGAGCCAAUUUUUGCGAAAAUCCAUUGUAACCAGUUAUACAAGACUGCUGACAAAAAAUAAGAUUGCAGAUUUUUAUAUUUAAGUUAAUUUUUUUAUGUUUUAUGCAUUUUUCUGAAAUCGUUAGUAACGGUUUAAGCCAUAAAACAUUCAUUUUCGAACAGAAAUAUGAAAAAACUGUGAUCAGAUCUUUUGUAAGCAGUCCUUUAUCAUUGGUUUGCAGAUAUGUAUGCAAAAAUUUGCGCUUUCCAAGACAAAAAAUAAAAUAAGUUGUAAAAAUGGUAUAUCUGUAAGAGUGCAGCUUUAAAUGAUGCAAGAGUAAUGGCGCGCAAUAAACUAAUAAAACUGGACAUUUUGAAACAUGAGUUACAGCACCCUAUUGCAUUGCCUCUGUUAUCUUUAUGUAAAUACAAAUGUCCAUCAGAAAUCACAUGCUGUGUGGUGAUUAAUAAUCUGAAAGCGUUCUUUCAUGACUGUUCAUUUAUACUUAUUUAUAAGUUGUAUAAAAUAUGCUAGAAUUUUAACCAAUUUUAAUCAAAGUAUAUAUAGUAAUGUAUUAUAUGUACAUGAGAUAUUUAAAACCAUGUUGUAAAAGUAGAUCUGAGAUAAUUAUGUACUAAAUGUUGAUUUUUCAUUCAGUUUUGCAUGUUUGUAUUGUUAAGAUUUGAUUACAAAAUAUACAUGUACACUUUCAUAGCUAGCUACAACCAUUGUAACCGUUUUUCAUUUUGUAUUUAUUAACAAGAUUCAUGUAACAUGUUCAUGUGAUAUAUAUCUGACAUUGUGUGGAGCAAUUUUUAUUUUGUAAAGUAAAUUUAUGAUUUUAACUUAUGCAACAGGUAUGUGUGCCAGCUUGACACUGGUACUGCUGUAUAAAACAUUCUCAUCUUCUUCUCAUCUGAAUCUCAAUCUAUAUUUUCUGAUUCUAUGACAUUGCUGAUAAGCCAUGUUAUAUUCAUCUAGUAUUUAGAAUUAUUAGCUCGUCUGUAUUUAUAAAUACAAUCGAACCUUGUUGACAUGAACACAUAAGGACUGACUAAAAUACAUCGAGCCUCGAAAAGUUUGAGCCAAAUUAAAGAUUGCUUACCUUCAGUAUGUAUAGAUUGGUCCUUAACAUCCAGUUCGUGCCAACGAGGAAUUUGAGCCAAGCGAGUUCGAGCCAACGAUGUUCAACUGUAUUUUGAAAGCCUUGAUGUGGUCGUCUGUGCAUUUGUGCCAAAACUUUAACCUUGACCAUAAAUUAAUGACCGUAUAAGAUUAUUCCUAUGAAACUUGGUAAACAUCUUGCCAUAAACAUUACACUCAUGGUGAUGCAAUUUCCAUAACUUUGUCUUUGAUAAUUGUCCAGUAAUGACCCUUUUUUAAUCGAAAUAACAGUAGAUGGUAGAAUUGGCGUUCGCACAGCAACGCUCUUGUUUCAAAAUGUAACAAGUAUUGCCUUUUCUCCUGAUAUACAAAUAUUAAUGCCACUGGAGUGCUGCCCCUUUUUUGACGGAAAAAACACGCACUACAAAUUAGCAUUGGCAUUCACUCUGUAGCUCUUGUUUCAAAAUGUAACAAGUAUUGCUUUUUACCCCCCUUUUCUCCUGAUAUACAAAUAUUAACGCCACUGGAGUUAUGCCCCUUUUUUUGACUGAAAAAAACAACCACAACAAAUUAGCAUUGGAAUUCACUCUGCAACGCCUGUUUUCCCCUAUUCUCCUUAUACACAGAUAUAGACUACACUAGAGAGGACCUUGGCAUUUCAAUAGAGUAAAUUUCAAUUAGAUUAACAUUUAAUUCCCAAAACUAUGUUAAAAUGAUAUUAUUAAGAGCGACAUGUCCCUUUGAUGAAAAAUUCCUGCAGAUUGUUCUUAUUAAUAUUUAAAAAAAAAAAUGCAAGUCACUUUCUAAUAUUCUGACAUCUGCACAAGAAGUGCCAAAAUCAAGGUCUCAGAAUAUUUGCAUGUCAUUUAUUUUUGAAUAGUUGAAUAACUUAUUGUACUUUUGUUAUGUAUUGUUCCGAUAGUAUAUAUGGGAUUGACUGUUUGGUUGAUCAUAUGUUUUAUCAAUCUGAUCUUAUAUAAAUUUAUUUGUGUGCAUCUCACAAUCGGAUCCUUUAUAAAUAUAUUUGUGUGCAUCUCACAAACGGAUCCUAUAUAAAUUUAUUUGUGUGCAUCUCACAAUUGGAUCCUAUAUAAAUUUAUUUGUGUGCAUCUAGAUACGUUACUCUUAAUCUUUUUCUGCAUUUUUUCUUAGCCUUUAUACAGCAGUAUUACCUGUGAAGUGGCCCCACAUUAUCUGUCACUGUAUUUGUUAGUAAAAGCUGGAAGCUGAUUUGUCCUGUCACAGGAGUAUCAGUGAAAAAAUAAAAAAGCUGAACAAAAUA